AUGCCUAGACGUGAAAACUUGAGUGAAGACCAAUUAUCGAAAAGGUUAUUGGAAUUAGAUGAAGAAUGGGAAGAAUAUAGUAGUGAUUCCCUCUAUUGCUCUGAAGAGGAUGAUGAAAGCGAUUGUGUGCUGGACAGAUUAGGUGUUUAUAAAUCUAACCAUCAAAAUGUUACACAGUUAUCGAGUAAAGAAGAUGGUAGCCCAAUAUUCAACAAAAUUAUGAGCCGGGGAAGAUUUCAACAGCUUUUACAAGUAUUGCAUUUUGAUGAUGCUAGUGCAAGAAGAAAAAUGAGAAUUGAUGAUGAACUGGAGCACAUAAGAGAAGUAUUUGAAAUGUGGAAUCAGAAUUUGCAAGAUAGAUAUGUUCCAAGAUCAUGCAUGACAAUUGCUGAACAAUUAGCUUCCUUUAGAGGGCACUGCCCAUUCCUGGUAUAUAUUCCUUCAAAACCAGGGAAAUAUGCGACAGUGAAGAAUCUUAUGGCUGGAAAAUGCAAAUCUACAAUGGAAAAGUCCCAGUAA